AGGUCCUGUGAUUAAAUUCAAAAGCCACUAGUUUGAAUUUAUAAAAUUGUUCUUCAAUGUUCAUUAGCUACUAUUUUUGAAGUCCUUUUUUUUGUUGAUAAUUGAAUUGAAGUUUGAGUUAUUUUUGCAAACUAUUUUAUAAACUGGUAAAAUAAUCAAAUCAAAAAUGGCUGCUGUGGCAAUAUUAUUGCCAAGAACACUUGUAUUUUGCUGUAAAUCAGAUUGGAGGUUAAUUCCUAUCAGAAAAAUCAACACCUCUUCCUAUCCAGCACUCAAGAAAUUACAAGAAAAUUCUGUGGUAAGAUUUGAAGUCCCCUCUUUUGAAGAAUUAAAAGAAGAAUCUGCUUGUAAUCUCACGUCUGAAAAUUUGGCUCAAGUAUUAAAAGAGAUUAAACAGCAGCCACAUCAAGUACAAACAAAUUUCACCAAGAACUACCAGCAGUAUUUUGACCUCUGUAAAAACCUAGAUGUGCAUCAACGUGUAGCUGCAGUUAGUCAACUUUUAAGCCAACUUGAAGAUCAGCAGCUGCUUUUGGAUGCAUCAUCAGCCAGCCAGCUGAUUGACACGUUAGCUGGCACAGAAUGGAAUGUCCAAAAGACUACUCUUGAUGCUCAUAGCGGAGAAUGCCAGUGCUGUGGAGCUGUUGUGAAGAAGUCUAUCAUCACAGACAAAUGGUUUGACUUGCUCAAGACUGCGUUUGUGGAGAAAGUUGUGUUGCCAGGCGAGGUGUACGUCAAGAGCACACCUGUAGAGUGGCAGCGCUUCAACACCUUCUUGGCAUCAGAGCUGCCCUUCACGCACGUCAUGGACGCUGCCAGUGUGGCGGGCAGUGGCUUUCUCACUAAUCCUUAUCUGGAACCUAUCAAAGCACCAAAAUAUGUCUUGAGUGCCGUGAAGCAGAUCAAAGCCGCUCAUCCCAAGUCCAAGCUGCUCGUCGUGUGUCGGGAGUUCAUGAAGCAGUGGGACAAAGAUGCCAUGAAGGAGCUACCCGACCUCGCUACCGUCUAUUACAGACAAACUGCGGCUGAGGAUGACGCGUAUUUUCUUUACGCCGCGAUGUUGUCAGGAGCUCACUGCAAGUUCAUCACUAGGUCUCACUUGAAGCAGCAUCAGUACGCCCUGGACAGCGUAGAGCUGCAGGGAAUGUUCCGUCUGUGGCAGCAGCAGUCGCAGCAAUCCCUUCAGCUUCCUCUCUUCACGUCCGACCCUCCGGUCGUCAUGCGGCCGAUGGAGUACAACUCGUCCCGCCUCACGCUCGGCGAGCACAUCUGGCACCUGCCUUACGAUGAUGGCUCGUUGCAGGUGUCAUACAGACAGCCGGACACUUGGCUGUGUGCACAGCAUGCUUCCGUAGCUGGAGACGCACAGCCUGCCACAGCACCCGCCACAGCACCCGCCACAGCAACCGCCACAGCACCCGCCACAGCACCCAACACAGCACCCGCCACAGCAACCGCCACAGCAACCGCCACAGCACCCAACACAGCAACCGCAUGCUGAGGAUCAUAUAAAGCGCUACUAAGACGUUGUCUCAACCAAAGCCAUUGCGACAUCAAGGUGACACUGACCGUUUAAAAGUGACGAUAUAUGCCGAGGAAAAUAUCAUUUUAUUCUGCACUUCUUGGAAAAUUCAUUUGUGUUUGACUGUGACACAAAUGCUUAGGUAUGCCCAAGAGAUGUAUUGUGGUAUGUGUAACUAAAGUGUUUGCGAUUGCCCUAACAAGUCUGUUACGUGUCUACAGUGAAGUGAAAAAUGUAGCAUCGAAAAUAUUUUGCAAAACUGCAAAUCUAUUCCCAUUUGAUAGAUGUUAAUCGGUUCCCCUGCAUUGUACAGCUUAUUUAUAUUAAAACUUUUGAGGAUCA